UAUAUAUAUAUAUGUAAGUGAUGGCCUUAGUUAUAUUGCUAUACCUUAACAUUUCGUAAGGUAGGAGAAAAAGGAACAAUGGUGAAAGUCCAGAACUUGACGCUUGGCCUUCUUCGAGCUUGCCGCCGUUCUUCCUCUCCGGCGAUAUCUCCCGCCGUUAGAAGCUUGUUUUCUUCCUCUUUACUUUCAAUUACCGAGGCCCGUCUUUCCCUCUCUUCUUCUUCUUCAUUCUCGUAUCAUGUCUCUACGUUUUCUUCUUCUUUCCCCACUCGACUGCUAAACACCGUCAGCUCCAAUGGCGACAGAGACUCUGCGGAAGAAGACACCUUUCAGUCAGAUGAAACAACUGAUGAUGUGGAAGUCAUAGAUGAAUGGGAAGAGGAAGAAGAAGCCGAGCCUCAGAUAGGAGAUGGAGGAGAUGGUGGUGGUGUGGUCCUUCGAGGUGUCCCAUGGGGUGAAAGAGCUCUCUCUAUAGCUGUAGAGGUCUUGAAGCAGUUUAGCUCGGAUGUAAAGCUCUUCGCUUUCAGAACUUCUCCUCGUGGAUAUAUUUACGUCAGGCUUGACAAACUAUCAAAUGAAUAUGGGUGUCCUACGAUGGAGGAACUCGAGGGAUUUAGUCAAGAGUACAAAAAGAGGUUGGACGAAGCUGGGGCUGCGAAGAUAGUUCCUGAGGAUCUAGCCCUCGAGGUGUCAUCUCCAGGAGCAGAGAGGUUGCUGAUUGUACCGGAUGAUUUGAAUCGGUUCAAGGAGAUGCCCAUGAGAGUAAGCUAUAUCGAAGAAACAAACUCGAGGAAAGCAGAAAAGAGUGCAGUGUUCCUUCUAGAGUCUGUAGAUUCAGAAUCGGAGCAUUGCGUCUGGAAGUUAGCAGAUGUGAGGGAGAACAGAGAUCCCGAAAGCAAAGGCAGACCAUUAAGCCGGAAACAAAAGGAUCUGAGGUUCAAUCUGCCUUUCGAGGCUCAUAGAAGGAUAACUCUCUACCUGGAUUAGUGAAAUCGGUUUUCAAGUUGCUAAUGCAGGAACCAAACAGGAUCUCUUUGCAUGAUAUUUAGAAUGUGCUCUUUUGGGAACCAAGAACUGUUAGGGUUUUAUCUUGUCAUUUCUGUAUUUCGGAUGGCAUGUUGAGCAUCAAAUAAGGAUUGAUAAUCCUGAUUUGAAUUUCCUUUAAUGUAAAACAUGGCCUUUUUCAGGCAUUAUCCAUGCUCAUAUAUGAACUCCAAGGUUCUUGCUUC